AUGUCUUCAACAAACGACCCCCUCGCCGCAGCAAAGCAAGCUGAGAAGGAUCUCAAUUCCCCUGCAAUGAAGACGGGUGCCGCAAAUAAGGGCAGUGAUAGUGUAAACGAAUCUGGCGUUGACGAGAGCGUAACCAAGAAAUUCCCUGGCUCAACCGUAACAGUCGGAUCUGCAGCCAGUGGUGCGGGUGAUAACCGUGAGAUCCCAGAGUCGGAAGGCGGGGACAUCCUCAAAACCGGCAAACCAACAAAAGCAAAAGAUUUCGAAGGUACAGGUGGCCCGGAAGACAAGGCCAGAGAAGACGCGUAUAACAAGGGCGGAGAUGAUGAUGUGACUUCCACAGUCCGACAAGGAGGUGGAGGUGACGGAAGUGUUAGGGUCGCUGGUGGACGAUAA